UGUAGCGAGUGUGGGAGCUGGGAAGGCUGGGAGCAAAGUCUGGACGAAAAAGCUUCACACGUUGUGUGCCUGCUUGCCUGCCUGCUUUGCCCAGAGGCUGCCAUCUGCAGGGCACCGCAUCUAACCAUGUGGCUGCCUCUGCUCCUGAGUGCCUUGCUGUGGGCAGUGCUGUGGUUGCUCAGAGACCGGCAGAGACUGCCUGCCAGCGAUGCUUUCAUCUUCAUCACUGGCUGUGACUCAGGCUUUGGGCGCCUUCUGGCACUGCAACUUGACCAGAAAGGCUUCCAAGUCCUGGCCAGCUGCCUGACCCCCUCUGGGGCAGAAGACCUACAGCAGAUGGCCUCCUCCCGCCUCCACACAACACUGCUGGACGUCACCGAUCCCCAGAACGUCCAGCAGGUUGCCAAGUGGGUAAAGACACAUGUCGGAGAAACUGGGCUUUUUGGUCUGGUGAAUAACGCUGGUGUGGCUGGUAUCAUCGGGCCUACACCAUGGCUGACAAGGGAUGACUUCCAGCGUGUGCUGAAUGUGAACACACUGGGUCCCAUCGGGGUCACCCUUGCCCUGCUGCCUCUGCUACAGCAGGCCCGGGGCCGGGUGGUCAACAUCACCAGCGUCCUGGGUCGACUAGCAGCCAAUGGCGGGGGCUACUGUGUUUCCAAGUUUGGCCUGGAGGCCUUCUCAGACAGCCUGAGGCGUGACGUGGCUCCAUUUGGAGUACAAGUCUCCAUCGUGGAACCUGGCUUCUUCCGAACCCCUGUGACCAGCCUGGAGAGUCUGGAAAACACACUAAAGGCUUGCUGGGCCCAGCUACCACCGGCAACACGGGCUCACUACGGGGAAACCUUCCUCACUUCUUAUACAGAUCUCCAAGUGCAGCGCCGCGUCAUGAACCUGAUCUGUGACCCAGACCUGGCGAAGGUGACCAGCUGCCUGGAGCAUGCCCUGACUGCUCGUCACCCCCGAACCCGCUACAGCCCAGGCUGGGAUGCCAAGCUGCUCUGGCUGCCUGCCUCCUACCUCCCAGCCAGCCUGGUGGACGCUGUGCUCAACCGGGUCCUUCCCCGGCCUGCCCAGUCAAUCUCCUGAUUCCAACUUUCCAGCAAAGGGCUGACUGUGAAGGGCAAAACAUGUCAGGAGCCAUUUUCCCAAAAAGUAUAGUAGGGACCAUUGUCCUGGGGAUGUUUGCAGAGAGCUCCACACCCCAACUGUAUUGAGAACUGUUUGUUGGCGGAGCCCACCCCACACCCAACUAUCUUGAGAGACAUCUGUUAGCAGAACCCGCCCCACAUUCCAAUUAUCGAGAGAAUUGUUUGUGGUUGGAAUCACAAAAGGAACGAUUCCGCUUGCAUAGAGAACACUGGUGACCAAGUGUGAGUCGUGACCAUUGCUGCCCCAUUGCUGCCCCGGCAAGAUCCCUUCCUGUCCUUGCCAUGCCCCUGCCCCCAUCCCAAGCCAAAUUCCUCAUUCAAGGGCUAUAUAAGCCACAACCAUUUCACUAAUAAAGUGAGGCUU